AUGUCGGUUGAUCCAUCCACUCUGCAUCCACUCUCUCCAGAAGUCAUUUCUCGCCAGGCUACCAUCAAUAUUGGCACUAUUGGUCAUGUAGCUCACGGUAAAUCUACUGUCGUCAAAGCCAUUUCCGGUGUGCAGACUGUACGCUUCAAGAACGAACUAGAACGUAACAUUACCAUCAAACUGGGUUAUGCCAAUGCAAAGAUAUUCAAGUGUGACAAUGAACAAUGUCCUCGUCCUGGAUGUUAUCGCUCUCACAAGAGCGACAAGGACGAAGGCUUUGUUUGUGAACGAUCUGGUUGCAAAGGAAAGAUGCGUCUUAUGCGUCAUGUUUCCUUUGUUGAUUGUCCAGGUCACGAUAUUCUUAUGGCUACCAUGUUGAACGGAGCUGCUGUCAUGGACGCUGCUCUGUUGUUGAUUGCUGGAAAUGAAUCGUGUCCUCAGCCACAAACUUCGGAACAUUUGGCUGCUAUCGAGAUCAUGAAACUGCAGCACAUUAUUAUUCUUCAAAACAAGAUUGAUCUUAUCAAGGAAUCAGCUGCCGAGCAGCACUAUGAAAGUAUCCUUAAAUUUGUUAAAGGAACUGUUGCAGACAACGCUCCAAUUAUUCCUAUUUCCGCACAACUAAAAUUCAACGUGGAUGCCAUUUCGGAAUAUAUUUGCAAAAAGAUUCCUAUUCCUAUUCGUGACUUCACAGCCGAUCCCAGACUGAUUGUCAUUCGUUCUUUUGAUGUCAACAAACCUGGCUCAGAAGUUGUCGAUUUAAAGGGUGGUGUUGCAGGUGGAUCUAUUCUCAGAGGUGUUCUUAAAAUUGGCGAUGAGAUCGAGGUUCGACCUGGUGUGGUAUCCAAGGACCAUGAAGGACGUACAAAGUGUCGUCCUAUUUUCUCUCGCAUUGUUUCGUUAUUUGCUGAAAAUAACGAUCUCAAGUUUGCAGUUCCUGGUGGCCUCAUUGGUGUAGGCACGCUCAUUGAUCCAACCAUUUGUCGUUCAGAUCGACUUGUUGGUCAGGUUCUUGGUUCUGUAGGCACUCUCCCCUCCAUAUUCACUGAAAUUGAAAUCAACUAUUUUCUUCUUCGCCAGCUGCUUGGUGUAAAAAGCGAAGACAAAAAACUCACCAAAGUGCAAAAGCUAGCUAAAAACGAAGUGCUCAUGUUCAAUAUCGGCUCAACCUCAACUGGUGGUCGUGUGAUUAGUGUCAAGGCUGAUUUAGCCAAGGUGGUUCUGACUGCUCCAGCAUGUACCGAGGUAGAUGAGCGUGUUGCCCUGAGUCGUAGAAUUGAUAAGCAUUGGCGAUUGAUUGGUUGGGGACGGAUUAAGCGUGGUGCAAGUCUCGAGCCUGAUGUUGUCCGUCACUAAACGUUUUGUAUCUGAAGAGAACCUCGUGUACUCGUGUUUGAUAGUUGGAAGCAUCUAGCAUUUUAUCAUCAUGGCUUUGUGACUAAAUCUGGCUGCUGUUGUCAAGCCCUGUCCGCCGUUUCUCAUUUUGAAUGUGUUGAAUCAAAAAUAAACCCAAAUUUAUCUUUAC